AUGGCUGUCGAAAUCUGUUCAGAGACUUCCAGCAUGGGAGCGAGUCCUCGGAUCUCAUUUUCUCAUGAUCUUUCCCAAACAGAGGGAGUUCCCAUUGAGCAGUACAUCCGAACAACUUCAUCUUCAAGUAUUGAUUUUGAUUUUUGCGUAUUUCGCGAAAGCUUUGAUCAAGAAUCUUCUUCAGCUGAUGAACUUUUCUCCGAUGGCAAGAUUCUUCCCAUUGAAAUCAAGAGAAAAUUGGGUCCAAGUUCACCAAGUAAGUCCUCGACAUCAUCAUCAUCAGAGGCAACUCCAACACCAAUAUCAGCACAAACUCCACAGCCUUCAUCAGAUGAUCAUGACAUUGUGGACCCUAUCAAGAGCCCGAAAAGCGAUAAAACUUCAAGCGAAAAAAGAAGGGGUGUUUCAGAAUCAGAUGAAAAACCAAAUGGCAAGUCAUUUUGGCGGUUCAAGCGCAGUUCAAGUUUAAAUUGUGGAAGCGGUUAUGCAAGAAGUUUAUGUCCUCUGCCACUUUUAAACAGAAGUAAUUCGACCGGUUCUACGCCAAAUGUGAAGCGCUCAUCAUCAGGGAAGGAUAGUAAUUUAAGCAAUAAGCAGAAUUCAUUGAAGCAGUCGCAGUCUGCAUUAUCUGCCGGUGGAUAUCAGAAGCCUCCACUGAAGAAAAGUUACGGCUCUUAUGGCAAUGGUGUUAAGGUUACUCCAUUCUUAAAUGUUCCUUCGCCGAGUAUGUUUGGUUUAGGUUCUAUUUUCUCCCCUGGCAAGGAUAAGAGCAAGAAAAAGUGA